GUCAGUGGAACGGCUGUGACUAAUCAGGAUUUCGCUGAAGUCGAAGAAGACACGGGAGUUUGAGACUAUUUGAGUUCACAGUUUGUGUUUAGUACAAAAAUACUACCAAAAUGAGGGAAAUCGUUCACAUGCAGGCUGGUCAGUGUGGGAAUCAAAUUGGUGCAAAGUUUUGGGAGGUGAUCAGCGAUGAACACGGAAUCGACCCGACUGGCACCUACCAUGGUGACAGCGACCUGCAGCUUGAGAGGAUUAAUGUAUAUUACAACGAAGCUUCGGGUGGAAAGUAUGUUCCUCGGGCUGUUCUCGUGGACUUGGAACCAGGGACCAUGGACUCUGUAAGAUCUGGUCCUUUCGGACAAAUUUUCAGACCAGACAACUUCGUUUUUGGUCAGAGUGGGGCUGGUAACAACUGGGCCAAAGGCCAUUAUACUGAAGGUGCUGAGUUGGUGGACUCUGUGCUGGAUGUUGUACGUAAGGAGGCUGAGAGCUGUGACUGCCUACAGGGCUUCCAGCUUACUCACUCCCUGGGUGGGGGCACUGGUUCAGGCAUGGGUACGCUGCUUAUCAGUAAGAUUCGCGAGGAGUAUCCUGACCGCAUCAUGAACACAUUCAGUGUUGUGCCUUCUCCUAAAGUCUCUGAUACUGUGGUGGAACCCUACAAUGCCACUUUGUCUGUGCAUCAACUGGUGGAGAACACUGAUGAGACAUACUGCAUUGACAAUGAAGCUCUUUAUGACAUCUGUUUCCGCACUUUGAAGCUCACAACUCCUACAUAUGGUGACCUCAACCAUCUUGUCUCUGCCACAAUGAGUGGUGUUACCACCUGCCUCCGUUUUCCUGGGCAGCUAAAUGCUGACCUGCGAAAACUGGCUGUCAACAUGGUGCCCUUCCCUCGUCUGCACUUCUUUAUGCCUGGUUUUGCCCCACUCACCAGCAGAGGGAGCCAGCAGUACCGUGCUCUCACCGUACCCGAAUUAACACAGCAGAUGUUUGAUGCCAAGAAUAUGAUGGCAGCAUGUGACCCUCGCCACGGUCGCUACCUGACUGUGGCUGCUGUCUUUCGGGGCCGCAUGUCUAUGAAAGAGGUGGAUGAGCAGAUGCUUAAUGUGCAGAACAAAAACAGCAGCUAUUUUGUAGAGUGGAUCCCCAACAAUGUCAAAACAGCUGUAUGUGACAUCCCACCCAGAGGGCUUAAGAUGGCUGCCACCUUUAUUGGCAACAGCACAGCCAUCCAGGAGCUGUUCAGGCGCAUUUCUGAGCAAUUUACAGCCAUGUUCAGGAGAAAGGCCUUCCUGCAUUGGUACACAGGAGAAGGAAUGGAUGAAAUGGAGUUCACUGAAGCAGAGAGCAACAUGAAUGACCUUGUGUCUGAGUACCAGCAGUACCAGGAUGCCACAGCUGAAGAGGAGGGUGAGUUUGAGGAAGAGGCAGAAGAGGAGUUGGCUUAAAGAUAUUUUCAGUUUUUCUGUUCUUUGUCAUCUAUUUUAAAAGUAUACAGAUCAGAAGUGCACCUUUGUACUUUCUAAUAAAUGUUUAACUUUGGCAA